ACUAGAUAGUCGGAAAGGUUCUAAAGCGAUAACAUAAAAUUCAUCAAAAUGUCAAAGUCAGAUAAAAUAAAAUCACUGGAAUUUUACGCGUAUCUUUGCAAGAAAGUGGGAUCAGAAGAUAUUGUAAGGUCAAGGCGGUUGAUAUAUACAAUAGGAGAUAUUGCCAUGGAUAAUAAUUUUCCACGAAUAAGCAGUGGUAGUAAAGGGGAAGGACUCAAUUUUAAAGGAAGUGACACUGAUUUGAUGUUUAUUGAACCUGACUAUAGAGUAUACGAAUCGGUAAGUGAUGUUACUGAUUGUCUGAAAGUCAUAUUGAUCAUGGACACCGAUGAAACGCCACCAUGCUUCACAUACCUUCAUAUAUUAACUAGACAUGGAGUUUUGUAUGCGCUUACUGAACAAAUGUGGCAACAAAAAAACGGCAAGAUGCUGCUUUCAAGUGAGCUUUUCAAAACAUAUCGUUUGAGACAAUUAGUAUUAACAAAACCAAUGUUAAAGAAUCUUCAUGGUCCAUGUAUAUCGGAUGAUUUAGAACAGCUUGAUGUUGCAUAUUGCAUCAAAUGUGAAAAAUGGAUAUCACAAGCGCAACCAUGGGUCAGUAGACCACGUACAGAAUGGCCAUCAUCUGAUCUUAUUUCACAAAUAACAUCAUUAGGCGUCUUAUUUGUCCCCAUCGGUUGCAAAGGAUCCAAGAAUGAAAAUUUUGAAUGGAGGAUAUCGUUUUCAGUCGCAGAAAAGAUGUUGAUUUUUUCAUUUUGUCAUACCCAGUUACUGUGCUAUGCUUUAUUGAAAAUCUUGCUGAAAGAAAUAAUAGAGAAGUUUCCAGGUUUAAAAGGGUUAUUGUGCUCAUAUUUCCUAAAAACUUUAAUGUUUUGGAUAUCUGAAGAAUUAGAUCCGCCUAUUUGGCGUCCAGACAACAUUAUUCCAUGUUUUAUGGCAUGCCUACAGAAACUGUUAUACUGUGUAGAAUAUUUAACACUAUUACACUAUUUUAUUCCUAACAAAAAUCUUUUCUAUUCCCGGUUCGACACAAGUAACAAAACGAAAUUGGUCGGUCUUCUUCAGAAUGUGUAUCAGCAAGGCAUUCAAUGUUUUUCAUUUUCAGAAACUCUCCAUGAUUACUCGAGUUUUUCUUGUAAUAUUAAUAGGCCUUUAAGCAUAAAAACCAUACUAGCACAAGAAACAAUUCAUCUUUUUUCGUCUGGAAGAGCGAAAGGGAAUAUUUACAGAUUGAUGAAGAACAUUCUACAUCAUUCUAAAAGUUGUUUGUCGAGAAGCAUAUUUAACUUAUUUUUUGCAGAUGCACACCAUUUCGUAUCUGAGAUACCAAAUAUGCAUUGCAGGCCUACCAACAAACUACAAUACUUCAAAUACAAACAUUACCUUAGUCAAUUAUUGAUUGGUGUUAAUUCAGAUGCAAUAUCAGGAUGGUUGCUGUUAGCAACAUUCUUAUAUAGUCAUAAACAUUUUCUAGAAGCAUUAAUCAUAACAGAUCAUGUCAUGUCAAAGUUCACAGACAAAACAAUUCCUGUUCCGGUUGAAACAUCUUGUGAUAUCGUUGUAUUUCAUGAAUUACAUGAUUAUGUAAUGGAAUUGAUGCAACAUGAAAAGACAAUCACUGUAGUAAAAAACUUAACAAAUCUUGAUAUCAACCUUGAUUCCAAAUCAUUGGCGAUUUUACCAGAAUUACAACAGGACGCUAAGGACCCUUUUACAGUAUAUACUUGCAAACCAAUGGCGCAUUUCAUUCGCUUUUUGAGCUAUUACUAUCUUGAAAAUAUUGAUUCAUGUGAAGAUGCAUUCAUGAGACUAUUACGGGAAUACUUCGAUAACUUUUCACACGCGGAUAACAGGCAAAGCUGUUCUGUGCGUAUGGUUAAAAUGUUCGAGUUAUUUCAUACAAUGUAUUUCCUGGGAAUUUCUGCACAGAUGAUGGGAGAAAGGGAUUUGGCAAAAUGUUGCUUUCGGUAUAUAGCUAUAGGCGAUAUCUAUAAUUACACUUCUGCAGCAUCAAGACUGUCAAAACUCAUUUGA